AUGGGUUUCCUCUCGCUCGGGUACCGACGCCCGCCACACGUGGACAAGGAUGCGUUCAGACAAAGCAUGACCAGCGACUCCUUCUCUGAGAAGGAGGAUGCAUCCCUAAGAUCGGGGCGAUCGGGUGCAUCAGCAGGUGUGCCAGAUGCUCUGACGUUUGACAAGAUUAUCAACGGCGGUACUUGUCCGCCCAUGUCAGUCCGAGAUUUCAUGAAUUACCUCAUAUACAUUGAGCAUUCUGCUGAGAAUCUGCAAUUCUUCUUGUGGCACCGCGACUAUGUCAAGCGGUUUCGAGAGGCCAAGACCUCCGACAUGGGCCUGGCACCAGAAUGGACCCAGGCCAUGGAGGAUGACACCAUCGCCAAAAUCCAGAAGGAGGGCGCCGAUAAGCUCAAGCGGGAACCAAAGGGCGCAGAAAUCUUCAAGGGCACUGACUUCGAAAAGGGGGCCUUGGAAAACCCCAUCGAGAACAGAGAUCCGUUCUCAACACCACCGCGGACCCCUGGGAGUAACGACGACGCAUCGACGGUCAACUUCUCACAGGCAACGACCUACCGGUCACAAGCCCAAGACGCUUUCAGUACUGCUGGUGCGAAGCAGCCUUUCACAAUUCAGCCCUUCCGGGACGAGAUUGACCGGGUGGUCGCAACAUAUCUCGCAGCCGACGCUCCUCGCCAGCUGAACCUGUCUGACCGCGAGCACAAGGUCACCCUUCAGGCGCUUGCCUACACCACACACCCGACUGCAUUCCGCUUGAUUGCUAAAAGCAUCGAGAACACACUCAGGAAGCAGGCCCACCCCAACUUCGUGCGCUGGUCAAUCUGCAACGGAAACCCGGCCCGUGUGUUCUUCGCCCGCGGCCUCGGCGUGGGCACCAUCCUACUCGCCACGGUUGGGGCCAUCAUCCUGACCCUCAGCCGGGCCGGGCGCGGCUACCGCGCCCUGUUCGCCAUCGGCUGGGUCAUCGGCAUUGCGACGCUGAUCGCGGCGUACAAGGGUAUGUGUGUGGUGCUGCAUGGCCUGCACCACCGGCACAUCCGGCCGUGGGAGCUGUUUGCCGAGGACGACGGCGAGUCCGAAGACAAGCGCAGCUUUGACACCUUCGGCUCGGGCAACAGCUACGAGGAGGAGCCGUGGGUGGUCAAGUACAAGAAGCGCAACGUCGUGCGCAAGGUGUUCGACCGCGAGGUCUGGAUCCAGGAGCCCGCCCUCCGGCAGAUCCAGGACACGAUCUUCGUGCAGUCCAUGCUCUCUGCGCUUCUCCUAUCAGGGGUUCUGACAGCUGUUUUCGUUGCUGUCCCUGGUGGACAUUUCUUCUAG